CCCCCUCCUUUGUCUCUAAUUUCUACCAGAAAAGAAUUGUCCAAAGAAAAAGGAGGAAUUAUCACGACCACAUGACCGCCCCAUAUUUCGCCAUCUAAAGGUGGGUUUAUAACAUAUAUAUAAACCCCAUUAUAUUCUUGUAUUGUUCAAAAGGAGAGUUGGCAAUAAUUACUUGAACAAAAAAGAGAGAGCGUUGGCAACAAUGGCUCCUCCAUUUUCCUCUAUUUUCGCUUUCUCUCUUUUGUUUGUUGGUGUUUUGGUGCAAGCCCACGAUCAGGUGGGUCAAUCGGCUGUAUUUACUUAUGAGGGUUCACAUGGACCUGAAAAAUGGGGAAGCUUGAGCCCAAGUUAUGCAACUUGCUCCAAUGGGAAAUUCCAAUCACCGGUAGACAUUUCGAAGGAUAACAGUGUAUUUGGGAAGAAGCUUCAAACACUAGUUAGAAAAUACAAUAUUGCUAAUGCUACACUUACCAAUAACGGCGUCAACAUUGGGGUACACUUUUGGAAGAAUUCAGGAGGAGUAGCUAUCAUAGAUGGCAAAAACUACACCCUCAAACAAUUGCAUUGGCAUUCUCCUGCCGAACACCGUCUCAACGGAAAGCAAUAUGCAGCCGAGCUUCAUCUAGUCCAUCAGGCAGACGACGGCACCUACUCCGUAAUUGCAAUCCUCCUCCAAAUCGGCGAUCCCGAACCCCUACUCGCAAAGAUACAUGACAAAUUGGUGGAGUUAGCCAAUGAAAAAUGCGGCAGCAACGAAGAGGCUCACAUUGCACUUGGAGACCUAGACACAAAGCACUUGAGAAAGAAGACUCGCAAAUACUUCAGAUACAUCGGCUCUCUCACAACUCCUCCCUGCACCGAAAACGUCAUAUGGAACGUUCUCGGCAAGGUGAGGACGAUUUCGCAGCAACAAGUGGACGCACUGAAGGCGCCAUUGAAUCCAGUGUAUAAGAACAACGCCCGACCGGUACAGCCGCUCUAUGGCCGGAAGAUUGAGAUCUACGACGAGCUCAGCAAGCACUGAAACCUCUCCUUUUCUCUCUCUCGCGCCUUCAUUUUGCCGCUCAAUUUACAAUCAGUUAAGGCAAAGGAGAGAAUGCUAUGUCCCGCGAAGUAAAUUACUUUAUAUGAAAAUUUAAAAUUUAAAAUUAUAAUUAUUAAAAAAAAAAAAAAAAAGGAAAAGGAAAAGGGGAUGCGUAAAUACAUUUGUAACCUUUCCAUUUUGCAUCCUUCCGUGGUUUGAUUGAAUAAUAAAUGGUCAUUUCACGUUUCCUCCCUAA